UGUUGCUUGCAGGAUUAUGAAAGCAUGACUAGCAAGUACUUUAUAAGUGCGCAAGCGACUAUAUAAGCGGUCAGAUGGGUGCAGUUGGAUGGCUUAUCUAGGACCGCAGUUGGGACGGUGUCGUUUUUUCCUCCCAGGUGUGUCCGCCUUUAGACUCUUCGGUACCGGUGAAGUCGGGAUGGAUGAAAUGGGUCUGGCCAUGAGUCGUUCGCCUCUAGAGCGGCUCGACUUCGACAACGUAGCCCUGAAGAAACUUCCUCUGGACCCCUCCGAGGAGCCGGGUGUGCGACAGGUGAAAGGAGCGUGUUUCUCUCGGGUCAAACCGCAGCCGCUUACAAAGCCCCGGUUCGUGACCGUGUCGUAUGAAGCCCUGGCGCUGCUGGGGCUUGAUGGAAAGGAGGUCGAGGAAGAUCCUCUCGGGCCAGAGUAUCUCAGCGGCUCAACAGUGAUGCCUGGAUCCGAGCCCGCUGCACACUGCUACUGCGGCCAUCAAUUCGGCCAGUUCGCCGGACAGCUGGGCGACGGGGCGGCCUGCUACCUGGGCGAGGUAAAGGUGCCUCCCGGCCAGAAGCCAGAGCUGCUGCGGGAAAAUCCGAGCGGCCGGUGGGAGAUGCAGGUGAAGGGAGCAGGACUGACUCCUUAUUCCAGACAAGCUGAUGGCCGUAAAGUCCUUCGCUCCAGUAUAAGAGAGUUCCUGUGCAGCGAGGCGAUGCACUUCUUGGGUGUUCCCACCACCAGAGCGGGCUCCGUAGUGACCUCUGACAGCAAAGUGGUACGAGAUGUGUACUACAGCGGAAACCCUCGCCAUGAGAGAUGUUCCGUGGUCCUCCGCAUCGCUCCCACUUUUCUCAGGUUUGGAUCCUUUGAGAUAUUUAAACGCGCAGAUGAACACACAGGCCGCCAGGGUCCCAGCUACGGACGUGAUGAGAUCCGAGGACAGAUGUUGGAUUAUGUCAUUGAGAUGUUCUACCCCGAGAUCCAGCAGAAUUUCCCCGACCGGGUGGAGAGGAACGUGGCUUUCUUCAGAGAGGUGAUGCUUCGUACAGCUCGGCUCGUAGCUCAGUGGCAAUGUGUAGGAUUUUGCCAUGGAGUCCUGAACACCGACAACAUGAGCAUCCUGGGACUCACACUGGACUACGGUCCAUAUGGCUUCAUGGACAGGUUUGAUCCAGACUUCAUUUGCAAUGCCUCAGACAACUCUGGACGCUACUCCUACCAGGCCCAGCCUGCUAUCUGCAGGUGGAACCUGGUGAAGCUAGCAGAGGCUCUCAACCCAGAGCUGCCACCUGACCGGGCAGAGGCCAUCAUGGAAGAGUACCUGGAUUUGUAUAAUGGCUUCUAUCUAGAGAACAUGAGAAAGAAGCUGGGGUUAUUGAAGAAGCAGGAACCUGAGGACGAGAUCCUGAUCACUGAGCUGCUGCAGAUCAUGCACGACACAGGUGCUGACUUCACCAACACCUUCCGCAGCUUGAGUCAGAUCUCCUGUCCCACCGAAGGAGAGAGCGGGGGAGAGGAGGAACGUGUCAAAGAGGCUGCAAACCUCCUGCUGGAGCAGUGUGCGUCUUUAGAGGAGCUCAAGGCUGCCAACAAACCCACUAUGGAUCCACGUGAGCUGGCGAUGCUGCUCUCUAUGGCUCAGAGCAACCCAGCGCUGUUCCAGAUGAUCUCAGACAGGAUGACAAUAGCGAGGCAGCUAGAAAGGCUCAGCAAACUGAAAGACCUGAUGGAGACCAACGAGGAUGAGCUCAAAAUCAAACACGCCAAGGAGUGGACCCACUGGAUCACACGCUAUAGGAAGCGUCUGGCUCGAGAGCUGGAGGGACAGAGUGAUGUGCAGGCCGUGCAGGAGGAGCGGGUGAAGGUGAUGGACAGCACCAACCCACGUGUGGUCCUCAGGAACUACAUUGCCCAGAAUGCAAUUGAGGCCGCUGAGAGUGGGGACUUCUCUGAGGUUCAGCAGGUCCUCAAGGUUCUGGAGAAGCCUUUCUCCUCCCAGCCAGGUCUGGAGCUUCCUGCGUGGAAGGGACGAGGUGGAACAACCGAACAGGGAGAGAGGGACGAAGGGGAUGAGCACCAGCAAGAGGGGGAGGCAUCAACAUCCUCUGCCCGAAACCCUGUUCCCUAUGACAGCAAGCCUCCAGCUUGGGCUCAUGAAAUCUGUGUCACAUGAUCUUCGUAAUAACUUCCCUUAGCAUUAGCUUGCCUGCCUAAAGUGAAAAGAGAGUUGUUGGUUUUUUUUUUACUUUUUAUGAGACUCCUCUCCUCUCCAUUCACUGUACCAACUCUCUAUGGCUUUGGCAGGCAGUGUUAGGGAAGUUAGCAUGAGACACCCCACAGGCAUCCUAGAUGAUACAAGGCAGUCAGGGAAUGAGUUGAAUUUGGUGCUACACAUACAUUAUUACAAAUAUGACAUGGCUAUGGCUAUUGUUGGUCAAAAGCUUUUUACCAUGUGUGACGUGCCAGGAAACAGUCUUCUAAUUAUCAUUUUCUUCCAUGUCUUGAGGUUUAUGCUUAAAACAAGACAUUUAAAGAGGAUUUAACAUCAGAAGGGACAAUUUCAAGGAUUUAACCCUUUGUGGAUGCCCCUCAAUUCCAUUGGCAUUAAUUGAAAGAAGAAAACAAAGUAUUUUUCAUUUCUUGUGACUAUGCCGCUUUACAAAGAAGCCCCUCUGCCUAUUCCCUGUCUGCUUUGUGUUAACUAGCGAGUAAUGACGACUCAGACAACAAGUCCUACAGUGGCCUGUCUGACUCUGACAAACUGCAGGGUGUCAUCUCAAUUUAUACCAAAUAUUAUGAUGUUUGAAACAGUAGAUGAUGUUUCAGCCAUGUUUCGUGAGUGACAGGGAGUGAUUGCACUUAAUCAUAAAGCCGCACUAGAAAAAAAACGCACACAAUAUAUUCUCCUGUAACAGAAAACAUUUACCAUAGUCAUAACAUCACUUUAUAGGCACUGAGUCCAAAACAUCAAAUGAUACAGUUUUGUGUUAUCCACAAUGUUCACCAAGGAUCAAAACUACCACUAAGUCAGAGCCAGGCAAGUAAAAAAAAUGGGAACUAUGUUUUAAAUCUGACUUUUGUUGUGAUUACACAUGCAAACGUGUCAGGGGAAGUUUAUUACAGACUGUUCCUCAACCAUCACAAUUAUUUGUAGAAAGGGAAACACACUUGUCCUCAUUCACAAAUUAGUUUUAACUGUAUUGCCUCUGCUUCUUGAACGAGUCGGUUUGGUAAAUGAAUUCAUUCCUUUUGUCAAAAUGAAUCCACAAGUAGAGCAGAAUUUGAUAAAAAUGAGAUUAUGUCUAAGAGUUUUUAUUUUUCCUUAAUACAUUUGAAAUAUUUCCUGAUAUAUGUUCCUCACCUGUAGCCGUAACAUAUUCUAAUAAACUGAGCAGUCAGUAGA